AUGGGGUACAACAUUCUAGGGUUUGGUACUUGUACUCCUCAUGCUGCUCAAUGCAUCCAUUCUCGUUCCAAUUUUCACAUGCGCGCUCCGCCCCUGCCCGAGUCGCGCUCCCCUCCCCUCGCUUCCCUUAGCGGCCCCGUCGCGCCGCGCUUCCGGCCCCGGCGCCGCCUCUGCUGGCCCCGGCGCCCCACCGUCGCGACCCCGCGGCCCCACCCUUGCGUCGCCCUGCGCGGCGUCGUUGCAGUCGCCCGCGACCCCGACGCCGCCCGUCGCGACCCCGUCGCCCUUCGCGCCGCCCGCGACCUCGUCGCCGCAGCCGCCUGCGACCCUACCGCUGCAGCUGCCCGCGACCCUGUCACCGCAGCCGCCCGCGACCCUGCCGUCGCCGCCACCCGCGACCCUGCUGUCUCAGCCGCCCGCGACCCUACCGUCGCCGCCGCCCGCGACCCUGCAGUCGCAGCCGCCUGCGACCUCGUCGCCGCGGCCGCCUGCCCUCCCGUCGCCACAGCCGCGCGCGACUCCUGUACCGCGCCGCCGAGACGCCGCCGCCGCCGAGCCGCCGAGCCGUCGAGCCGCCGAGCCGCCGAGCCGUCGUUGCCGCCGAGUUGCCGAGCCGUCGAGCCGCCACUGCCGCCGUGCUGCCGAGCCGCCGAGACGCCGGUGCCGACGAGCUGCCGAGCCGCUGAGCCGCCGAGCCGCCGUUCCUGCCGUCCCGGCCCUGUUCCUGCCGACGCGCCUCGGUCCUUCUCGCCUGCCCGUGUCCUCACCUUUGACGCUGAGGGUCGGGCCAUUGACUUUGACGUCUGGGUAGAUGACCUGCAGCUUUUCCUACUGAGCGACAGAGCAGACGGCCUCUCCCUUUUUGACCUCACCUCUGGUGCCUCUCCUGCCCCUGCUGCUGAUGCUGACCCCACUGUUCGCUCCCAGUGGGCCACACGCGAUGCUGCUGCCCGCCUUGCUGUGCGCCGCCACUUGCCGACCUCUGAGCGUGCGCACUUUAGCCAGUACAAGAGUGCUAAGACCUUGUACGACGCUGUAGUUGCGCGCUACUCUUCCCCUGCCACUGCUGCGCUUAGCCGCCUUAUCCUACCGUACCUCUUCCCUGACCUCGCAGCUAUUCCCACUGUCGCUGACCUCAUUACGCACCUUCGCACUAGUGACACUCGCUACCGCGCUGCGCUUCCUGCUGAGUUCUGCGCCAAGAACCCCCCCCCCAUGUACAUCACCCUCUACUACAUAGUCACCCGGCUCCCUGACACCCUUCGCCCGGUUAGGGACCACUUCCUCUCUGUUUGCCCCACCACCCUCACCGUUGACCUCCUCGAGGAGCGCCUGCUCGCGGCAGAGAAGAGCAUAGUCGCAGUAGGUGCCUCUCGUGGUGACCCUCGUACCCCUGUCUUUGAGGGGUGCUCCCCCUCUCCCCUCUUGCCCUCUGUUGCCUCUGCUGCUGCGGCCGACCUCGUUGGUCUUGAGUCGGUCGCUGCGGCGUCUGCCCCUAGCGGGAGACGCCGCCCUGGCAAGGGCAAGGGGGGCAAGGGUGCUGGAGGAGCUGGAGGGGGCGGUGGAGGCGGAGGUGGAGGUGGUGGAGGGGGUGGGGGUGGCGGUGGGGGUGGUGGCGGGGGUGGGGGCGUCGGUGGCGGGACUGGAGGUGGAGGUGGAGGCGGCGGUGGCGGUGGGAGCGGAGGUGGCGGAGGUGGCGGUAGUGGAGGAGGUAGCGGCGGAGGCGGCGGAGCUGGUCGGGGUGGCGCUGCGCAGAGGGGUGGCUCCGGUGGUGGUGCGCGCCAGCAGCAGCAGCAGCAGCGUACCCGUGAGACCCCUUCCCCCCAGCAGCUUCGUGAGUGGUACGCUGCUCGUCAGCGGGGUGGGGGUGCUGGCCCCUGCACCUACGUUCUCCGUACCGGCGACCGGGCGGGUGAGCAGUGUGGAGGCCCGCACCCCACCCAGCGCUGCUUCGGUCGGCUGACAGACGCGUGGCGCCACCAGUUCCCCGACGCUACGGAGAUCCCUCGCUGGGGCGAGCUGUCUAGGGCGGGUGUUGCAAUCUAUGAUCUUGACUUUGAUGCUAUUCUUGCUGCCAUGUAUGCUGUGACUAUUAGUGAUGAGGGUGACUGUUACCGGUGUUUCCCGCCUGACCCAGGCAUAGAGGCUGCUGCGCUAGGUACUUGUGAGGCUGCUGCUCUAGGUGCCAGUGCGUCUGCUGCCCCAGGUGCCGGUGAGUUUGCGCUCUCAGGUGCUGCGUCGCCCCCGGACACCCACACCUUCACCCUUGACUCGGGUGCUUCCCGCUCCUUCUUUCGAGACUGCACCACUCUCACACCGCUCAGUCGGCCUGUUGCGGUCUCCCUGGCGGACCCCUCUGGGGGUCCUGUCCUUGCUCACUACUCCACUGUCCUACCGUGUCCGGCGGUCCCGUCUGGCUCCCUGUCGGGUCUCCCCUCGUUCUCUACGAACUUGGUGGCGGGUGCUGACCUCCAGGAUGCAGGAGUUGACCAGUUCACCCCUGCGCGUCAGCGGGUGACCCACUGCACUUGUGCGGACACGGGCCGCCACUUGGCCACGUUUGCUCGUCGGCCAGGGUCGAGCCUGUACACACUGACUACUGAGUCUUCCCCAGUCACUGAGUCUGCUCAGGUAGCCGCGUCGGGUCAGGUGUUUGCUGCGGCGUCCAGGUCUGGUCCUGAGUCUGCCCCCUGCUCGUGUCGUCUCCUGUCUCACCGGACUCUCCUCUGGCACCACUGUCUCGGUCACCCCUCCCUGCCUCGCCUUCGAGGCAUGGCUUCCCGUCUUCUUGUUUCUGGUCUCCCCCGGUCCCUCCCUCCUCUUCCUCCGGGGCCUGCCCCCACCUGCGUUCCCUGCGUCGAGGGGCGGCAGCGCGCUGCUCCUCACUCCUCCGAGUUUCCUCCGACAGAGGCUCCGCUGCAGACGCUUCACAUGGACGUGUGGGGCCCAGCCCGCGUCCGUGGGCAGGGUCAGGAGCGCUACUUCCUGCUGGUGGUUGACGACUACUCGCGUUACACCGCAGUCUUCCCCUUGCGCAGCAAGGGUGACGUCACUGAGGUGUUGAUCGCCUGGAUCCGCGCGGCUCGUCUCCAGCUCCAGGAGAGUUUCGGCUCCGACUUUCCUGUUCGGCGUCUGCACUCCGACCGAGGCGGAGAGUUCUCCUCUGACCUUCUGCGGACCUUCUGUCGCACACGAGGCAUCCGCCAGACCUUCACGCUUCCGGACUCUCCGCAGCAGAAUGGGAUUGCUGAGCGCCGCAUCGGCAUGGUCAUGGACGUCGCUCGUACGUCCAUGAUCCAUGCGGCUGCUCCCCAUUUUCUGUGGCCGUUUGCGGUUCGGUACGCGGCGCAUCAGCUCAACCUUCACCCCCGGGUCUCCAUGCCGGAGACCUCCCCUGCUUUACUGUGGACGGGGAAGGUUGGUGAUGCGUCGCGUUUCCGGGUCUGGGGAUCUAGGGCGUUUGUCCGCGACUUGUCUGCGGACAAGCUGUCCUCUCGUGCUGUUCCCUGCGUCUUCCUUGGCUUUCCCCCUGACGCGCCAGGCUGGCAGUUCUACCACCCCACCUCGCGCCGUGUCUUCGCGUCCCAGGACGUCACCUUUGACGAGUCGGUUCCCUACUACCGUCUCUUCCCCUACCGCACUGCGUCCCUCCCUCCCCCGCCGCUCUUCCUUACACCAGGCCCCCCUCCGGUAGACCCCCUCCCCCCUCAGGGUCCUGCUCCCUCAGGUGUGUCCCAGGUAGAUGCAGUUGAGCCAGUCGAGGUAGCUGUUGACUCUGGUGCUGCUGGUGGUGCUGAGCCUGGGGGUGCUGGGUCUGGGGGUGCUGCGACUGGGGGUGCUGGGUCUGGGGGUGCUGCGACUGGGGGUGCUGAGCCUGGGGGUGCUGAGCCUGGGGGUGCUGAGCCUGGGGGUGCUGCGCCUGGGGGUGCUGCGCCUGGGGGUGCUGCGCCUGGGGGUGCUGAGCCUGGGGGUGCUGAGUCUCGGAGUGCGGAGCCUGAGGGUGCUGGACCUGCUCGUCCGGCGUCUGGUGGUGCUGAGCCUGGCGGUUCCUCCGGUGCUUCGUCCCGGCGGGAGCUGCUCUCUCCACAGGAGCUGCGUGAGUGGUUCGCCCGGCGCUGGCGACGUGCUGCAGGAGCUGGGGGUUCUACUGCUGCUGAGAGUGCUGGUGCCGAGGGUCCCAGAGGUGCUCGUACCGAGUGUACUGGAGCUGCUGACCCUACGAGUGCUCCUCCUGCUGGAGCUGGUGGUGCUGCUGGUGCUGCUGGCGCUGGAGCUGCUGGUGCUGCUGGAGCUGCUGGUGCUGCUGGUGCUGCUGGUGCUGCUGGUGCUGCUGGGGGUGCUGGAGUUGGAGCUGCUGGAGUUGCGGGUCUUCCUGGUGCUGGUGCUCCCGCUGGGGGCGCUGGUGCUGUUCCUGCUGGCACUGGUGGAGCUGCGCGGCCGCGGCCGUACUUCGUUCCGCUCCUUGAGCAGGUUCUUGGUCUUCCGUCCUCUCUUGGUCCUGCUCCUGCCUUAGAGUGUCCGCCUCCUGUCCAGUCUGAGUCACAGUUACAGCCACCUUCCCCGCUUCCUUCUCCUUCUCCCUACACUGGUCCUACUGGAGGUCUUGCUGAGCGUCGUGAGCCUGCGUCUCGCCCUGCGUCGCCUGUCCGUGCUGCUCGCACUAGUGGUCGUGGUUCGCGUCAGCGUCCUCCCCCUGUCCCCGGCACGCACCGGAUGUCUCUGCGUCCUUCCACUGCUCCGCUGCGUGCCCCUUUGCCCUCUCCUCCAGCGUCCUCUCUUCCUGAGCUUCCUGACCCGGAGUCGGACUCCCUUCGUGCUGCGCGUCCUACUGUCACGCGUCUCCUUGCUACUGUCGUCACUGACCCUUCCUUUGAGUCUACUGCUGCGUCUGCCCUAGUUGCUGAGCUUGUCGACUUCGCUGCUCGCUGUCGCCUAGACUACGCUACCAGUCUCGUCGCUGAGUCUGAGUCUGUCUGUCCUCCGUCCGUCGGGGGUGAGUGUGCUCUUGGCACGGACGUCCUAGAGGACAGGCAAGAGGAGUUCCAGUGCUUGGCUGCUGUUUCACCUCAUCUCGUGUCCAUGCUGCUUGCCCCUGAGGGAGACCCGGAUGCACUUGACAUCCCGACUCCGCGCUCUUACGCGGAGGCGAUAGAGGGCACCUACGUUGACGAGGUUCCCCCGCCUGGGGCGAACAUCGUCAGUGGCAUGUGGAUUUUCAGGGUGAAGCGGCCGCCGGGUUCUCCGCUUGUCUUCAAGGCGCGUUACGUGGCUCGUGGUUUCAGUCAGCGGCAGGGAGUUGACUACUUUCAGACUUUCUCCCCCACCCCGAAGAUGACCACUCUUCGGGUACUGCUGCACAUAGCUGCUCACCGAGACUACGAGCUGCACUCUCUUGACUUCAGCACUGCUUUCUUGCAGGGCAGCCUUCACGAGGAGAUCUGGCUGCGCCGCCCACCUGGCUUCACUGGGACGUUUCCUCCUGGCACCCAGUGGAGCCUCCGCCGGCCAGUCUACGGUCUCCGCCAGGCGCCUCGUGAGUGGCACGACACACUGAGGACUACACUUGCGGCCCUUGGGUUUGCUCCUUCUACUGCCGACCCGUCGCUGUUUCUGCGCACCGACACUUCUUUGCCGCCGUUCUACAUCCUCGUGUACGUCGACGACUUGGUCUUUGCUACAGCUGACACUGCUGGACUUGCCUACGUGAAGUCCGAGCUGCAGAAGAGACACACGUGCACAGACCUGGGUGAACUGCGCAGCUACCUUGGCUUGCAGAUCACCCGGGACAGAGCACAGCGCACCAUUACCCUGACUCAGUCACACAUGGUGCAGCAGGUCCUUCAGCGCUUCGGCUUCACGUACUCCUCGCCUCAGGCCACUCCUCUGCCUACGCGCCACUCGCUCUCAGCUCUGCCUUCGGAUGAGUCCGUAGAGUCGAGUGGCCCGUACCCAGAGCUUGUCGGCUGCCUCAUGUACCUGAUGACUUGCACUCGACCUGACCUUGCAUACCCUCUUAGCAUUCUGGCACGCUUUGUUGCUCCUGGGAGACACAGACCAGAGCACAUGGCUGCAGCGAAGAGGGUGUUGCGCUACUUGUGCAGUACGUCGGGCAUGGGGCUUGUGCUUGGAGGGCAUAGUUCAGUGGUCCUCACUGGUCACGCAGACGCUUCUUGGGCUGACGACCAGGCUACGCAGCGGUCGUCACAGGGUUACACCUUUAGCCUUGGUUCCGGCUCUGUUUCUUGGCGGUCUACCCGCUCGUCUUCUGUUCUCGGCUCCAGUUGUGAGGCUGAGAUCUACGCAGGGGCCAUGGCUGCACAGGAGCUACGCUGGCUCACCUACCUGCUGACUGACCUGGGAGAGCCGCCUCGUUCUCCUCCAGUGCUGUACGUAGACAACAAGGCCAUGCUGGCCUUGUGUCAUGAGCACAGACUGGAGCACAGAACGAAGCACAUCGCUCUCCGCUACUUUCUUGCUCGUGAGCUGCAGCAGCGUGGUCAGCUGCGCCUUGCUUACGUGGCCUCUGAGGCCAACACUGCUGAUAUCUUCACUAAGGCACUCGCGCCUUGUGAUCAUCAGCGCUUCUGCACUCUGUUAGGUCUUGUACCUACCUUGCCUCACUUGCUUACUUCUUGA